AUGUCUGUCUGUAAUAAACAUUUCAUAUCUAUCUAUCUAUCUAUCUAUCUAUCUAUCUAUCUAUCUAUCUAUCUAUCUGUAAGUCUGUCUGUAAUAAACUCUUCAUAUCUAUCUAUCUAUCUAUCUAUCUAUCUAUCUAUCUAUCUUCUGUCUGUAAUAAACUCUUCAUAUCUAUCUAUCUAUCUAUCUAUCUAUCUAUCUGUAUGUCUGUCUGUAAUAAACUCUUCAUAUCUAUCUAUCUAUCUAUCUAUCUAUCUAUCUAUCUAUCUGUAUGUCUGUAAUAAACUCUUCAUAUCUAUCUAUCUAUCUAUCUGUAUAUCUGUCUGUAAUAAACUCUUCAUAUCUAUCUAUCUAUCUAUCUAUCUAUCUAUCUAUCUGUAUGUCUGUCUUAAACUCUUCUAUCUAUCUAUCUAUCUAUCUAUCUAUCUAUCUAUCUAUCUAUCUAUCUAUCUGUAUUCUGUCUGUAAUAAACUCUUCAUAUCUAUCUAUCUAUCUAUCUAUCUAUCUAUCUAUCUAUCUAUCUGUAAGUCUGUCUGUAAUAAACUCUUCAUAUCUAUCUAUCUAUCUAUCUGUAUGUCUGUCUGUAAUAAACUCUUAUCUAUCUAUCUAUCUAUCUCUAUGUCUGUCUGUAAUAAACAUUUCAUAUCUAUCUAUCUAUCUAUCUAUCUAUCUGUAAGUCUGUCUGUAAUAAACUCUUCAUAUCUAUCUAUCUAUCUAUCUAUCUAUCUAUCUAUCUAUCUAUCUAUCUUCCCUUGUUUCUGCUAA